ACUGUACCGUUGUUUUGAUUUUGAGUCCGCGCAAAAAGUGGAAGUUUUUAUCUUUUUUGAACAAAUUCGUGGAUUUUGUGAUAAAGAUAAAGGCGAUUAGAGCAAAUUAGCAUCAUUUGCAACUCCCGUCGUUGUUCCCUUUGCAAAAGUUCAUCAAAAAAGUGUAAAAAACUUGGAAAACCGCAGCGGGAAAGAUCUCCAAAAAGACGCGCCACGAAAAAGGAUUCUAAAUCCUUUUCCAACACAAUCGGAACCAACUCCGGUGUGUACAGAAAUCUGUGGCGGAGAUCCAGGUGCCUGGAAUGCCGAAACGCAAAGCAAGCAGUUACGUGGAGGAGGAGGACAAUUAUCUGGACGAUCUGGUGCGGGAUAAGCAGAACAACCAACCGUCCACCAGCAAACACACGCUCGACUCGGACGAAGAGGACGACAGCGGUGAUGACGCACCAUAUAAUGUGCUGGACGAUAACGAGAUUAUGGGAGAGGAAGAUGGAAUCGCGCGCACCGACGGCGAAACGAAAAUUACUCCUUUCAACAUGAAGGAGGAGAUGGAAGAGGGCCACUUUGAUGCGGACGGACACUAUCUGUGGAAGAAGACGGCGGAGGUGAAGGACCACUGGUUGGAUAACAUUGACUGGGUGAAGCUCAAGAACGAUCCGAACUACAAGGAGCGACCGGAUAAGGGCGAUAACAGGGGGUUGGGCGAUUCUUCCGACUCAGACUCAGAGGAUGAGGCCAAAAAGAGGCCAAAGUUUGACGAUAUUGCCAUCUACCGACAGAUGCUGGAGCUGAUGGAACCGAAGGAAACGGUCAAACGAGCACUACAACGGUUGGGCAAGGGAACGGCAAAACUAACGACGGCCCAGCGUUGGAAAUUGAAGAAAGCCGGCCAGGCACCGGACGAAUCGAGCGCCAAGAUUACCAAGCUGACCGCCCUUUCAAACGAUAUCCUCACCAACAGUGGCAACAUGGAUGUGUACGAGGAAACGUUCGAAAUGAUCCAGCGAAAGCUUACGGUUGCGCAGCGCAAGGACGAUGCCAAAUCCCUGCCCGCUGAUGAGUUGGACAUGUACGCCGAUGAUUUCGAUACGCGCGAGAAGAGCAAACUGGAUGGCGCUUCCGCAGAGAGCAGUGAACAGCAACCGAAAGGCACAGAAGAUGAGAAAGGUGCUCCCAAGCAAACCGCCACCGAUGGUGCCGACGGUGAGGAAGGCGAAAAGCAGGAAACCCGGCUCAUGUGGGAGUACAAGGAGCAACAGGAUGCGGAAACGGUACACGGACCGUUCACCACCGAACAGAUGCAAACGUACGCCGAUGAAGGGCGUUUCAGUAGUGGGGCUUUUGUGCGCAAGGUUGGCGCCGAUGAUGGCAGGUUCUAUUCCGCCGCACGUAUCGAUUUCGAUUUGUACUUGUAAAACUGUAAUGCCGAAUGAAAAGAAUGAAAAAUGCAUAUUACUUACCAACUACUACAACACACCAUUCGUUUCGUUCUAUGGUUUCCCCUCGCGCGCCGAU